AUGCUCCGAGAGAGUCUUGAUACGCCUGAUUCCGAGUUCGUUUGCCAAGUUGCCACUUUCCUGACAAUUUUGAUGAUUGAGGGGGUGUAUUCUACAGAGGUAUACAGCUGGCGCUCUCAUUUCAAAGGAGCCGCUGCGCUAGUGAGCAAAAUGCUGCAUGGCCGAGACUGGACCCAAUCGUCGGAUGCAUGGGUAAUAUCCCAGAGCCUUGCGCUGUCUCUGGAAAUUGCCCAAACGGGCCAUAUUGAUUCAGCACGACACGCUGGUCCUACUGGGAUGCUUCUAGAUGCACUUUCCACGAGGAGCGACUUCGGAUACACAAUUGGGAGCCCUCGAGCAGCGCUUAAAGCACUUUCACAACUACAGAGAGUUGAUAAGGACCCAAACGGUCAAAAUAACCUCGAGGUUGAGAUAUUUGAUGCAUUGCGGAGUUUGAGCUCAAUGCAGGGGGAAGACACAGGGCAUGGAUCAAGACUUCACAAUGAGCGUUCACAGACGAAUGGGCGGCUGGACUACCUCGCCCAACUCCAUUCUCGGAUGUUUCUCAACGCAGCAAUCAUAUAUCUGAAGCGGCUCGGACCCGGUGUGACGCCUUCACAGGUUAGCACAUACACUUCAUCUGUACUGAAUGACAUGUCAACAUUUCUUGACAUGGAUGCUGGGAGCAUAUCUUUAUGGCCGGUGUUCGUCGCAGCAGUGGAAGCGUGUGUGCCAAGCGAGCGGGAUAUGGUUCGGAGGUGGUUUGAAUUUUCUUCACGCCUCGGGAUUGAGAAUAGAAUCCAAGCUCGCCAGAUAAUCGAAAUGGUUUGGCAAACAAGGGACUCAGUCGCCAGUGAGACCGGAUGCUCAGUGGCGGAAACUAUUGUUGAUUGGACCACUGCACAGGAGGUCUUGGGGAUUGAUAUCUUGUUACUGUAG